AUGGCGGCCCCAAUCACCACCUCCACCGUCACCCGGACGUCCACCAUCUCCCAAGGCCCUUCAACAACGACCAACCACGCCCACCCCAUCUUCCCCAAGUACACCGACCUCAGCACAACGACUUGGGAGGCCUGGGUCUUCGACGCCGUAGACCAGAACCCCCCUGCAACCGGCGGCGGCGCUGGCGCCAUCGAGAUCUCUUUCUUCCGCGACGCCACGGGCCUUUUCCGCGGCCGCGAGCCGCUCCGCGUCGCCUUCCACGCCCAGCUGCCUGGCGGUGGCGACGAUGCCGCGGUGCACUUCGACGAGCACGCGGCCGAGACCGUCGUCGAGGACCUCGGCGACCGGAUCAAGUCGGUGUGGACGAGCCAGCGCAGUGAAGGCGACAAGGGGUUCUCGUCCUCCUUCGAGGUCUGCGCCGACCUCAGCGCGGCGACGCUGACGUUCGACCUGCCCGAGGUGCGUGGCACGGUGACUUUCAAGAACGUUGCCGGUGGCAGUGCGGUCUCCGCUAAAGAAGAGCUGUUCGCGCCGCUGACGGCGAAGAUCGGCCACGCGCAGCCCAUCGUGUCGGCGGCCGUCGACGUCGCGCUGGCCUUCACGGACGGCAGGGAGCUACGCUUUGCGGGCUGCGGCGGCGUCGACCGCUGCGUCAUGGCGGCGCCGAUGCCGGCGCUGCUGGAGGAGAACACGUACGUGCGCGGGCACGCGGGGCCGUGGACGUUCGCGCUGCUGCGGAGCGUCGACAAGCUGGCGCCGGACGCGCGGCGGAACGAGGUCAUCAGGGCGACGGUGACGAGGGACGGGGAGGUGGUGUUUUCGGGCAGCACGACGCGGCUGUCGUUGACGGAGGAUUAUGUGUGUUUGCGCGCGGCGUACGGUGGGAAGGUGAGGGGCACGUUUGCGGAUCGCUCGUCUGGGUUUGUGCUGGAUUUUGUGGCGCCGGGGACGGGAAAGCAUUGGCAUUUUGAUGUCCAGCAUGACGCUGUUUGGUGGAGUAUUCCGCUUGGCCCGCCACCGGCCAAGUUUGGUAAUAAUGGCUUCACUAGCAAGGUUACCGGUGGAGAGGUGGGAGGAGAAGAGUACAGUGGCAUGGCUGUCGUUGGGCAUUUGCAAAUGCCACAAAUGCCUGCGGCGAAAAAGUGA